CCUGGUCAUGGGUGUGCCUGUCGCGUGGACGGGCUCAAGGGCGCUGCUUGGGGCCGCGGGCUCGCUAGGGGUGGACCCGGGGUGUCCCCUGAAGGAGCGGAUGCGGGCACUUGCGGGGAUGAUGCCUUCCGCCAGGUGUGUGGAGCUGUGGAUGCCGGGACGGGCCUUCCUUUGUCUGUGCCUUAGCCGGGCUACGCCAUUUCUGCUGCUCACGUCGCGGGUCUUGUCCGCCAUCUUACCCGUUUUUAGGUGACAGGGAGGGGGUGUGUGACAGAAUUCUCCUCCCAAUGACAGCCCCGUGCUACCUGCAGGUUCUCUCCGUAGGAAAUCUCUACCACUGCCCCUCCUCCCGUGUGGGAUUUUGACAUUUUUGUGCAACCUAGAACACAUGAGGGCUGGAGGAGGAUGGGGUGUAGGGGCAGAUACAAGAUACGGAGUUACCAAGGCGGAAGUGAGUGCACGUGGAGGACUGGACUGCUUCGGAGCAGCAGGUGUAUCUUGAAGCCAAGUAGCCGUCCACCAUCAUCUCAUUGUGGUGGCUGAGGCAGGAGGAUCCUGAGUUCACGUGCAGCCUGGGUUACAUACAAAAAUAAACGGACAGUUCCUUCAGACAGCCAGGCUUCCCUCCAGGUGGUUCCUGCAGACAGCCUGCUUCCCUCCACCCUCUGCAGCAGCAUUGCUUCUAGCCCUCUUGCUGUCCUUGCCUGAGGCUGUAGGGCCAUGGCGGAGAGAGUGCUGGUGCCCACCCAGGUAGGCCGGGGGGACCGCUACUACACAUACACAGAGCUGUUGGCUAUCUCACGGCGUUUCAAGCAAAACCCCAAUGAGCUCAUGGUCACCUGGAUCCUGCGGGUGUACGACCAGGGAGGCCCGGCCCUGUCCCUGAAUUCCGGGGAGCUGGGGCUGCUGGGUGACCUCACCCAGGAUGCCAUCUUUAACUACCGCUGCAAGGCCCUGCGGGGGGGUGGCUGCCAGACACUGCUGAGCUGGCUGCUGCAGGCCUGGCGCCAGCGCUGGCAAUCCUCCCUGCAUUUUGAGGCCACUCAGCUGCCCUUCAGGCCGUGGACCACCAUGGAGGAAGGCAUCCAACUGGUUCGUGAGCUGGGUAUGAUUGAGUGGAUCUACCUUGACCCAGAGGGGCCUGUGGACCUGGCCCCAGAGGAUGUGGCCUUCACUCAGGGCCUGCAGCGGCGCCUGCUCACAGCAGCACCCUCUGAGCUGCGGCUCUCACUGGUCAGCCUGCUGGUGCGUGGCAUGACAGUACUAGAGGCUGUGAUGGAGAUCCAGACCAUUGCCGAUGUGGGUCUGCUUUGGCGCCAGAGCCAGCCAGGCCGCACCAAGCUCAUGCUGGGGCCCAACCCAACUCGAAAGGACCUCCUAGGCUGGCUGCUCAGCCACGGCGUGCCCCGGGAGCAAGUAGACAGGCAGCCCACCAAGGUGCUCCUGGAACUGUACAUCAAAGAAGCCAAGCGCAGUCGUGGCCAGCCCAGCUAUGGGCUGGCUGAGGAGCAGCCACCCCCACCCCCCUACUCCGACCAGGCCUGUGGGGAGGAGCCCCCUGUGAGGCACGACUAGACCUGGACUGGCUUUGAGAGCACACUCAUACCCUGGGGUUGCAGGUGGGAGGUGAAUCUCACAGAGGCUGCCUGCAACCUAGGCCACUAGGAAGGAGCUUGGCAAGCACCUUUCCCACAUGUGUGUCCCUCCAGCAUUUAGUGCCAAGUUCAGUGGCCCCCCCCCCAAAGAAAGGUGUGCAUGUCCCCAGCCACAUAGUCCUUGUGGGAAGUGAGCCACAGGUGGCCAUUUGCCGUGAAUCUAGGGUGCUUGUGGCCCUGGAGUUCAACCCCUUGAGUUGGAGCAUAAGGCCAUGCUGAGGUGGGUGGCCACAUCAGGGUCCCCACCCCUCUGCCUCCACAUGGCCCCCAAAGCACUACAUGCAGGCCAUCUUGAAGUUUUUACUUUUUCAAUACAACACUUAACAUAGUAUUUUAGGUAUAGGCCACACUUCAUGUACUUUUACUGGGUGUUUGACACUUGAGGGCUUAACAUUGUAAACUUUUCUAAUGCAGCAUUUUUAUUUUAUAUUUUAUUUUGAGCUUAUGUGACACUUUGGUUUUGGGGAGAGGAAAGCCCCCUUUUGUAAAGACUUUGCUCUGGGGACCCUGUCCCUGUUUUCUUUUAGCCAUGCCCUUCCCUUCUGAAGCACCUUCCAGCUGGGUCUGGUGUCCCUGGCUGCACACAUGUCCCCUGGCCAAUGUAGAUCUGGAUUUAGUGGAGGGGCGAGGCGGGCAGCCCUGGAGCUUCUGCCUCCUCCGUGAGUUCCUAUUAAAUGGCUGGUUCAUUGCCCUCUGU